AUGCCAAUAAGCCGAAUUAAAAGUUUACGGUUGUCGUAUCCGUAUUAUUUGACCAUUUUACUGUGUAUUAUGUUUAUUUAUUCGUCCAUUUUAAGUUACUACAUAUUAACUAAUGAUCAAAGUAAAUGUUCCAACGAAAAAAUACCGUUAAUUUCGAAGAAAUUGUUGAGCACCAAACGCAAAUUGGCCGUACUCGUACCGUACAGGGAACGCUUCGAAGAACUACUGGAAUUCGUACCGUACAUGCACCGGUUCUUGAAUCGCCAAAUGCUAUCGUUCGAUAUCAUCGUUUUGAACCAAAUAGACCGGUACAGAUUCAACAGGGCUUCCCUGCUUAACGCCGGUUUCACGGAGAUCAAAUCGAACUACGAUUACAUCGCGAUGCACGACGUAGAUUUGUUACCGUUGAAUCCGAACUUGUCUUACGAGUACCCGGUACAACCUGUACAUAUAGCGGCGCCCUCACUACAUCCUCGGUACCAUUACGAGAAGUUUAUCGGCGGGAUUUUGUUGAUUAAUAACAAACAUUUCGAGUUGGUUAACGGCCUGUCGAAUAGGUAUUGGGGUUGGGGCCUCGAAGACGACGAAUUCUACGUACGAUUGAAAGACGCCCGAUUGAAUGUUACGAGACCUGCGAAUAUUUCUACGGGGAUUAAUGAUACCUUCAAACACAUACACGGCAAAGAGAGAAAACGGGACACGGUGAAAUGUUUCAAUCAACGCGAAGUGACCAGACGCAGAGACAGGCAAACGGGCCUUAGAGAUGUCGAAUACACGGUGAUCGAUCGCAGGAAAUUGGAAAUCGAUGGGGCCCCAUUGCUCGUUAUUAAUAUAAAAUUGAAGUGCAACGAAACGGCGACGCCUUGGUGCAAUUGCACCAAAAAAAACGAUCCUAGUUAUUCCUAG